GAAGAGAGUAACAGAGCCAUUGAAGUCUCCAGUCUUACUUGCUGUUUGAUACUGCAGACGGUGAAGAAAGAAGCUGAAAGAUGAAGACAGUGGCCAUCCUGGUUCUCUGCUCCUUGGCUGUCAUCUGUCUGACUUCAGAUGCCUCCUCUGGCUCCCAGCUUGCUAGUGACAACCCUGCUCAGGAGGGUUUGAUUGUGGAAAGGGAGCAGGCGUCCACAGUGGUGAGACAGAAGAGAGCUCCUGGAGAGUUAUCCCUGACCCAGCUGGAGAGCCUGAGAGAAGUGUGUGAGGCACACCUGGCUUGUGAACACAUGAUGGACACGGAUGGAAUCAUCACUGCCUACACCACUUACUAUGGACCAAUUGUCUUUUAGACGCCACACCAUGACAACCUGUCUUAUAUUUCAUUUUUAUUAUCACCUUUGAGUUCAACUCUAUCUUUGCAGCCUCUCAUAACAAGCAUGAGAAAAAAUUCCCAAAGUGUGCCAGUGUGUAAUAGUUGUUACACAAAUAUAAAAGGGAGAGAUAUGGGGAUAAAGAUGUGAACAGAUGUGUGAGCAAGAGGAAUAAUAUUGGCAUGUGGAUUAAUUUUUUCCACCCUGCAUAGACCCACAGAAUUGUCUCUAAUCCUAGCA